CGAGUGCGCGCACGAUUCACUCGCGGGCCGCUUAGUCGAGUGCGGGACUCUCGCGCUGCGCCGAGUCCUCUCCGAGAAGCAUGGCAUCGACCGAUGCUGCCUCGCUGCUUCCCGAGAACCUCUCGCUGGGCGGCGGGCACCCCGCGCCGGGGUCCUCGUACCUGGGGGGCGACAGCCGGGGUUCGUCGCCCUGCGGUCCGGACCUGCCGCCGCCCCUGCCGCCGGCGUUCAACGCGGCCGCGCUCUGCGACCAGUUCUGCUCGGUGAUCAACGGCUUCCGCGGCGGACUCGACCCGCUGUCGUCGGCCGCGGCAGCGGCGGCGCGACUCAAGAGCCCGUCGCGGUCGGUCGCCGCGGACGCGACCGACUGCCGCCUCAUCGAGUACCGCGGCGAGAAGGUGGCGGCGUUCGCGUACCGCGGCGAGUACCUGCUGUGCCUGCCGCAGGCGUUCGAGCUGUUCCUCAAGCACCUGGUUGGAGGCCUGCACACCGUUUACACCAAGCUCAAGCGGCUGGGCAUCAGCCCCAUCGUGUGCAACGUGGAGCAGGUGCGCGUGCUGCGCGGACUGGGCGCCAUCCAGCCCGGCGUGAACCGGUGCAAGCUGCUGUCGUGCAAGGACUUCGACUCGCUCUACAAGGACUGCACCACUGCCAGACAACAGACGGGAGAAGGACGAAGAGCAUCACUACCGGGUCGACCACCGAAGCGUGCCUCCCUGGUGGGCCUCGGCGGUCGCUCGGGCUACCCUCCGCUGCUCAAGCCCGGAGGCGAGAUGGACUACGAUGCGGCCAUCAAGUCCGAGAACGUUCGUUGCGCGGAGGAAGCAGAACUGAACAUCCCAGCCGUGUUAUUCAAGAUGUGGAGCCAAGGUGCCCGCCCGGCGGUGCCCUCGGACAAGAUGUCGGCGAGCAGCGCGGCGGCCGCGUACCAGGCGGCGCUGGGCGUGUCAUCCAUGGAGCAGCAAGCCCUGGGCAUGCUGGGCCUGAGUGCUCACGGCGCUGCCCACCCGUCGGCCACUGCCGCUGCCGCAGCGGCCGCCGCCUACCAGAGGCACCUGCUCGCCGGGGGACUGGCGCUGCCGCUGGCCGCCGCAGGCAUGGUACAGCUGGGACGUCCCGUCAGCGGACACGAGAAGCUCAGGCAACAGCAGCAGCAGCAGCAACAACAACAACAGCAGCAACAGCAGCAUCAGCAGCAGCAACAACAACAAGCCCUGGCACACGGGCUGGACCUGUGCAGCCCCAGAAACAGCGACGAAUACGGCGAGAAGGAGAAGAUGCGUGGGACGGACCCGAACCGAAGAUCAAUGAGUCCAGGAUGGCCUCCGGGAGAACACGACCUUGGUUCGGCGCUCAACUUGUCUCAAAGUGGUGGAAUGCCGCCGCGUGACAGAGACUCCGCCGACGGCCACCAGAGGGCGAGGGAUGACGACGAAAUGCAGGCGGAGUCGGACUACGCCGACGACCGGGAGCAAGGCGACCUCAGCGGCGAGGACUCGGAAGCGAGCCUGUCGAGCUCCGGCGGCGGAGGCAUGAAGCGCAGCUCGUCGCAGGACGGCGAGGCGCAGCUCUUCAUGGAGCGAGCCGGUCUGCUGGCGGCACGGGGCAUGGGCUCCGUCGAGACCCUCCUGCAGAACAUCCUCGGCUUGCUCAAGGUGGCCGAGGAGAACGCCAGGCAACAGGAGCAGCAGGUCCACAUGGAGAGAGCGGAACUAAAAGUGGAAAUCCUUCGUGAGCGAGAACUCAGAGAAGGCCUUGAGAAGAAACUUCAGGAGGAACAGACCAAACGAGUGUUCUACCAGAAACGGCUUCGACGUGAGAAGCGCUGCCGGCGCCAGGUGCAAGACCAGCUGGAAGGCGAAGUCAAGAAGAGGGCCCGGUGUGAGGAAGCGCUCCGCUCCACGCUCGUGGAGUCGCAGCAGACGCCCAAAGAAACAUUGCAGGAUGAAAUCAAGAGCGAGGAUACUAUCGCCAUGGAGUCAGACAACAGUGUUAAGAGCCGAUAGGUCUAGCGACACCGACGUGCGUCCGCAAUUCAAGAGCACGCUAUGGACACCGAACUAGCCGGAGGCAGUGGCUCAUCGAGCGCGAAGGACAGCGUCGAAAACGUACGAGUCUUCGAAGCGACGCCAAGUCUCCGAUCUCGUCGACAUAUCGACUGGACAGUAGUGCGUGCAGCCAUAUCAAGACUGGUUCUUGUGCGAAGACGAGCCAGUGCGUUUUCUUCUUUUUUUUUUGUGCGAUGGUGGUACGGACAGCGCGAGCAGUGUAUCUCUCGCCUUGCUGCUGUUGCCAUCGGAUCGGACACUCUGCAGAUACCUUGCCCACUGAGAACAUCCGGGUUCACACCGCAUAACAACUAGUUCGCUGCGCCAAACGCUAUCAUCACCGCAUGAUGACUGACUGACUGACUGACUUGUGUCGAUUCGCUGCUGGAACACCGGAGCGAAUAGCUGACUCUGUACCCCGCAGUGAACUCUUGGUGUGCUCGUGUGUAUGUGUGUGUGUCAACUUGGAGUAAGCGUCACGCUGCCUUGGUAAAAAGAGGCCGGAGAAUGCGUGAUCCGCUAGUUGAGAGCAGAGAGCAUCGUUCACGGUUAUGUGCGUUGGUCAAUAUAGCGAAGGUCUACUAUAGCGCUUAUAAAAAGACGUGAAAGACACACUAUGAGCUAACGUAAGCAUACGUUCUGUCACUCGCAUUAAGGUUUAAGCAGCGAGAACAGUUCGCGGCGCUUGACGCAAGUGCGUGUUUACGGAGCCAACGUCACCUUGAGACGCACCACCGAUUCCUGGACAAUUUUCACUCGCGAAAUACCUAACAUACGAACGGUACGAGGCCCGCAAACGCGAGCGGUGCGGCGGCAUGCAGUAUUUGACCGCACAUUCGGUUGCAGAUCACGUGUUUGUGUGUGCUGUAACAACGCUCGAUUGUGUCUGCACGGUGUUGCACUGGUCGUGAAACUUGACGAGGGCUUAACAAAGACAAAGAAGUAGAGUAGUUAUAUACUGCACUGUGUUUCGACGUGGAGGCGUUUCAUUUUCGCCAUGAGACACUUGCCGUAGAGGCAUGUGCAUUUUUUUGCCGGUGACCCAAGCGGAAUAUCUAGCUUGGACAAUAAUUUGUAUAUUUAUUCUCUCCGUAUUCCUCGCUGGAUUCUAAGAGCGAGUACUUGAGUCACGUAUAGAACUUCGAGAUGUUCAACGUUGCGCUGGCAUCGCUGAAGUGUGUAGUAAGGCCAACUGGUUUUCAUGUGUGUGUCUGUUCUGUUUGUGUUCAGUGUUCGAUAAACCUUGAGAAUCUGAAACACGGACUCGAGUUAAGUGAUGAAUGCUUUGUACUCACAGAAAAAAAAAAACAAUGCUUGCUGAACACACUUUUCAUGCUUAGAAACACUGAGUACAGCGAAUAAGCAGGCCACGUAUAAAGUAGCAGUAUUAUCGCGGAAAUGAGCAGUGUGUUUUCACAAUUAAAUGUGAAUGUGUUUAAAAAUAACUAACAAGACA